AUGGAAUUCCUUGAACACAGUUUAGAAAAAAUGAAAGACGAAAUAUUAUACGGUGAUAGUCUGCCUUAUCGUCACAUGUGCAGAUAUGAAUCCGGAUUUUUCUAUCGACACGAAUUGCUGGAUAAAUAUGAUUUUUAUUGGCGUGUCGAACCUGGUGUUCAAUUCUUUUGUGAUAUCGACCUUGAUCCAUUUGUUUACAUUAGAGAUCAUGAUGUUAAAUAUGCUUUCACUAUUUCAUUAACUGAAUAUCCAAGAACUAUACCUACUCUCUGGGAUGCUGUCAAAGAAUUUAUUCAAAAGUAUCCGCAAUACAUUGAAAGUCAUAAUCUAAUGGAAUUUAAUCGGAUGAUAAUGGCGAAACAUAUAAUUUGUAUGUGUCAUUUUUGGUCAAACUUUGAAAUCGGUGAUUUGAAUUUUUGGAGGGGUAAAACAUAUACAAAAUUCUUCGAUUAUCUUGAUAAAAAGGGUGGUUUCUUUUACGAACG